ACAGCAAAUGAAUCCCAACCAAGUCAACCCAGUAAGCCGUGGAUCUGUGACGUCACUCGCCCGAUAUAGCCGCGGGCGUGGGACUAGGGGCGAGAGUACACGGCAAGACCUGGGCCGCAGAUACACGUCCGCCUCGUUGCUUAGCAACGGCACACGUCCCGGCAACGCCGGCGGGGGCGUGACUGGUACAGUCUCAGGCACAGGCACACCCACCACCGACACACACGACCGCGACAGAGACAACAGCGGCGGUUGGCAGACCCAGCAACGCCACGGGAAGUCGUCUGUGGAUGGGCUGCAGCAGAAUGGCUGGAGCUCCCGCACCCCAGUCUCGGGUGGGACGGGCCGAGAAGACCUGGCCAGCCUGCACCCGAACGAAUUUGGGACAGGGCCGACGGGUGCGGCUGAACGUGAGCGGGGUGUGCCGUCCGAUGCAGCCACCCCGGGCGGGGCCGAUAUAGGCGUGGGUGUAGGCGGAUUGAUUGCGGGAUCCCGCAUUAGCGUUACCUACCGCGAAGCCCACACUCACCGCCGCCUGACGGCUACGAUGAGUGCCACAGGGCCUGUGGGUAGUGCCACGGGCUUUGGGGCUGAACGGGCUAGCAACCGUGACUCGCCGGGGAUUGAUUCACCCGUUUUGGGCCGGUCCAGCUCGAAGCUGUCCAAUUGGCGCACGCGCAACAAUAUGCCCCCCCCGCGCGAAGCCGACACGGACGCAGGCACCAAUCGCAACCACCCAUUGAACGGCGAUGUCAACGAGUCCUCGGCUGACAAUGCAACUGAUGAGCUGGACGAUACCUUCCCCAGUGUAACCAGCCUGCAAGACGUGCUGGGUGACUUCCUGGAUGACAUCGAGGACGACCGAACUUCGGACAGCCAUGCGAGUAUGGGGAUGGGCCAUGGCGGGGGUAUCACGGGCCUGCACUCGCGCAUGGGUGAUGGGAUUAGUAUGGGUAGUGGGGGCCUGAACAGCGGAGACGAUGUGAUAGUGGAGCAGUCCCAGUCCAAGUACUUCAAUCGCCCGCAAAGUCCUGCACCGGUUGGGGCCAGGGACUCGAUGGUGGGUCAAGGACAGCCCAGUCCUAUGGAGAACCGGUCAGGUGCAUCUUCCCCGUCCCCGUACCGGACAUCGCCCACCCCACCACCGGGGCUUGAGGUGGUUGCCAUGCCAACGUCGUGGGUAUACAAAGACCCGCAGGGCAAUGUGCAGGGCCCGUUUGCGACCAGGGAGAUGUAUCAGUGGCACACGAGUGGGUAUUUCAAGCCGGACCUGAACAUCUCCGAGUACCACGAUACCAUGUCGAGCUCUGGAAGUAUCGUAGGGGCUACCAAUAACUACCACUUCCUCACCCUAGCCCAAUGGCUCAAGGUGUGGGGGCCACGCCAACCAUUCAUGCGAUACGAAACCACGCCGGGUGCAAACGCACCCGCACCGGCCCCCAUGUACGGAAAUACGGGACAGGCGCACGAACGACACGGACAAUCGAUCCCGUCCAACAGCCCCCGCGAACAGCAGUACAACCGCAUGGCCCAACCGCAACAGGGCCAGGGCUACGGCAGCCAGCAACAGGGGUACCAGUCACAGUCACCCUACACCCACGCACACACGCACACGCCCACGCACACACACACGCGCGCGUUACACGGCAACAAUGGGCUGCACCAGAGCAGUAUGGACGCGCUGAAUUGGGACAAGCACCACUCGGGCAGCAUACACAGCGCCAUCGAACCGUACAACCCCUAUAACCCGGACCAACGGACGCCUCAAGCGCAGCACGGCAGAGACGGGUCGUCGUCUCUGUACGAAAACUCGGUUUUUUCCGCGCCUAUCAGUGCACAACACAGCACACACUCGGGUGUGGGGCGGGUGGAGAGUAUGCCGUUCAUGGCUAGAGCUAACGAUCAGAGGUUUGGGUCACCGCUACAGCAGGAUGUCGAACAGGUGAGUACACAGAGACAGUCACAGCCACAGCCACAAUAUCAACAACAACACACACAACAGCAGCAGCAUCAGGCAGCGGAGAAUGCGGAGGGGUACCCACGCUCGCCUAUGGAACAGAUCAUAGGUCAGACAACACCCCCGCAACAACAAGAACAGUCAAACAGAGACGCGCCCAAGGGACAGGACCGAGCACAGGAGACGUACGGGACGAGUGGGUAUGUGCACUCAGAUAACAUGGACGAUGACGGGGAGACGGGUCAGUGGGACGAGAAGGUGCCACAGUAUCAACAGGAGAUGUACACGCAACAGCAACAGCAAAUGCACAAGCAGCGCGAGGAGCGAGAGAGGGCGGUAGCAUUACAGGCCUAUCAGGAACAGCAACGAGAACCCGAGCAUGCGUCUGGGGGUAGAGAUAACAGCGGUAGCAGUAGUGGCGGCCGACCCGAAAGCUCUACCGACCACAGCCAGCACCACACCCCAGCUGUCCGAAAGGCGUCGGAAAGCGACAACAACGGGUGGACUGCGGUGGAGAGCAAACACCAUCACCAUAGCAACCGCAAGCAGAGCGAGCCGAAUACGGAAGCCAAUACGGCGCUGCCCAUGCGCGCGGAAGAGGUGGUCCACGUCACCACCCUCACCACCGAACAGAUCACCUCUGUACGCUCAGCCGAUCCCAACAGCCAGUAUAUGAGCAAGAUGGUCGAGCGAGUGGAGAACAUCUCCAUAGCUCUCGAGACCAAGCCAGCCAUGGCUGCGCCCUGGGCCGAGACCCGUGCCCAUGGCACGCCCGGCGCAGGCGUGCACGCCGCACCGCCUGUCAGUCUACAGCAGACCAUACAGCAGGAGAAGGACGAGCGCGAGCGCAAGGAGCAGCGGCGCUUGGCUGAGCUGGCCCACCUGGCGCAGGUGCAACAGGCCAAGCGAGCACAGACGGCCAAGGCCACAGCCGCGGCCACGGCUGCGGCGGUGAGUGUGCCUGUGGUGCCACAGAAGUCUCUGCGGGAGAUUCAAGUGGAGGAGGAGUGGGUGAGAGAGGCUGAGCGCCAACAGCGCGCGGUGCAGAUGCUGAGCAACGAGAAGCAGGGGCCCGCGCUGAGAUGGGCGUCCGGGGCGUUGCUAGGCAACCCGAAUGCCCCGACCGGGCCUUCGCUGGCGGAUAUUCAGGCGCAGGAACAGCAGGUUAUGGAGGAGCGCAAAGCCAAGCAGAGCUCCGCCCAACACGACUUCACCACACCCCUGAUCCGCAGCGGGUGGAAAAACAACACCCGCCCCACUGUACAAGCAGACACUGCUCUGGAGGCACCCAGGCCCCAGGAGAAGACUGUGCCGGCCGAUGUCUCUGGGGCAGUAUCAGACAAUCUGUGGGAUAUGGUGGAAGCAGAGACCCACGACGACCUCGAACCCGAGACAGUGGUGGUGCAGAAGGCUAUGUCCAAGUCGGAGAAGAAGCGUUUACGCAAAAAACAAAGAGAUGCUGCGGCAUCUGCUCCACAGAAGGUCGAAGCCGUUCCCGUUAAAACGAAGCCACUGAGUGCAGCACCUACCUUUGACGAACGCGUUGAGGACAUUACUACACCCGCUGAACUGCGAGUGUGGGCCGAGGCGAACCUAGAGAAGCUCAACCCGGGUGGACUGGAUGUGGCCACAUUCGUGACGGUCGUUGACGACCUGCCCUCUCCGCCCAAGGUGAUUGAGUUUAUCCAGGACACUCUGGGCAUGGACAACGAAGUACGUGACUUCUGCCAGGGCUACAUCGCACGCAAGCAACACGUGUUUGUGCAGCAGAAGGAACGUGCACAGACCAUGCCACCGCAGAGCAGCGGCGCACCCCCGCAGGGUGUGCGAGGCAAUGCCCCACAGGUGGGUAUGAACUAUGUGACGGCCAAGAUGCAGGGACCAAACUUCUCGGCUCCGUCCAUGGCCUGGCCCGAGUUGCAGCCGUCGCCUGUUGCGCCUAAGCAGGCAGUAGCGCCGCCGGCGAUGACUCAGACCAAACAGAAAGCCGUUGCCAAGGCCAUCGGCAAGAACGCCAAUCCCGCCACACUGGCGACGACACAGGUGACCGCAACCAAGAAGAAGAAGAAGAGCAAGGGCCAGAAACUGGGCCCUGAGCUGCUGGGGUUCAGUGUGAAGGACACUGAGCGCAUUAAUGGGGGAGAGAUACUCGACCCAGUCGCACUGGGUUUGUGAGCCGUGAGCAGUUGAGUGGAGUGGAGCUGCGCGGGAGAAGUAUGAAGGACGUGACUUUGUUUAGUGUAGUAUUAACUAUGUGAAUAUACACAUGGUGUAGUACGAACCAGGUGAACGUGCGGGUGGCCGUCGCCAGAAAGACGAGAACGACUAUGCUCGGCACUUAGGCCUCGGCGUCUUCGGGUUUAGUGUAGAGACUCUCAAAGUAGUAAACGGUGGUGAGAUGUUAGAGCCCAGACCCCAGUGUGACUGGGAGUGCGAGGCGUACUAACUAAUGUUAAGUGAACUCAAUACGAUUAUUUAAAAGUAGGCGGACAGUACUUGGUACAAUAGGAACCAGGCGAAAAUAAGAGGCCGUUUCCACGAAGGAGUGAAUGGCAAAGGCCGAAAGUUGGGCUUUUUCCUUGAAUGAUUUCUGGUUGAGUGUGAGAGAGAUUGCAUCAUAUACCGGUGAGAGCCAUCAUAUCUAGUCUUACUCAGACUGCGAGUCCAGUUAUGCACAGGCUAUUUUUAAAUUUCUAUUUUUAGAUUUGGAAAUCCAUAGUGCACUUGAGGUAUAAUAUACCAGGCGGGCGGUGCUCGUAUCGCAGUCGAGGGAUUUGAGAAAGAGUUAUAGUUGAAACGUAACUGUAAUGGGGACAGAGUACUAGGCCUAGGCACGUUAAGGUGUUCAGAUAGAUGAUCCAGGUGCAUGUGGACUGUUGAGCAUAUUAAAGGGCCAUACCAAGACAUCUGACUGAAAAUCCUUGGGUCACACAGUCUUUACCUUAAUGAUCGUGCUAAAUACUCACCCAUGAUAUGUUGUGUUAUGCCAUACAUCUCUACAAAUGAUCGUACUUAUUAUACGCCCAUGAUGUGUCAGUAAUAUGACAAACAUCUCUAUUAUAAUAAUCGUGCUUAUUAUACGCC